UCUAACCACUUGCCUGUGAUAAGGUUUGCACUGCUGUAUUUGCAGUUUCAGGUUUCACGACUAAUCCUGAUUCCUGUAGUUGUUUUUCUCCACACAGCAGAGUGUGGAUGGGCAUAAAGUACAACUGUGACAUGACAGAGAGAACCUACAGUGCUGCGUUGGAACGCCAAAGAAAGACUUAAAAUACCUGCAGAAUGAACAACCAGGAAGUAAUAGACACCCAGGAGACAGACUUUUCCGGUCCUCUACCAUCCAAACAGAAGAAGAUAAUUCACUUCUCCAGCGGCGAAACUCUGGAAGAGGAAGACAGUGAGGAGGAAGAGGAGCCUGCAUCAAACAGACCUCCCUUCAGAGAACCUACAGAGAGGACUAGGUUUUCAUUCAAGAAUGUGGCCAUUCUAGUUGGGAGGAUUUCACUGCUGACUUGUGAUUUCCGUGGAGAGAGACUAGCUGGUGCACUUGGACUGAAUGCAGCCAAAUACCAGUACGCCAUAGAUCAAUAUCGGCAUGAUCACAAGAAAACAAGCAGCCAAACCACAGAUGGCCUCAUGGAGGGACAGGCAGAGACAAUCCAGCUCUCUCCUGGACAUAAUGAUGAGAGUCAUUAUGGAGCUACUGGAGGUGCAAGACACCCUGCUGAUCCCCUGGAUGAGAAACAUAUGAACAGAAAAGAAGGAUACCACAACAGAAGCUACCAAGCAGAUGAGGAUUGUUUGAAAUAAAACUUGAAGAAAAGAAAGAGAGUUGUGAUUUGAUGUGCAAGUCCACUGUGAAACAGAAAUAAUGCAUGUUGCUUUCUUUGUAUAGUGUGGUAAUGUUACAACAGAAGUAUGUGAAGAAAAAAACAUCACACUUGACAAACCGAAGAUUUCAGUGUGUGGCUGAUGGUCCAAUUUGGAUUAUGUAAUUCCCCAAGACAAAAUGGAGUACUCUAUCAUGAAAUCAUAAACAUCUGGUUUGUCAAAUUAAUCAGAGAAACGGCUGAGUUUUAUACAAUUAGGUCUUAAAUAAAAUAUGUACAUCCCC